AUGACGAAGGCCAAACACUCCAAGAAAAGCGAGUCAAGGCCAUCAUCCAUAAAGGCAAAGCCCGACGUUCCUAUUCGACCUCCGUGGGUUGUCCCCAUCAAAGAUGGACGCGCGCAACAAAGACCGUGGCUUGAUAUGACACAACACCUAUCGAGGCAAAAUGGAGACGCCAAGGCAUUUCUUAGCACUGAAAUUCUCGGUUUGAUGACAUUUCUCAGGCCUUCGAGCACCGAGCAAGACGCAGUUGAUUAUAUCAUUGAUGAUCUGUCCGUCAAGCUUCAAAACAUCGUGCCGAAUCCACCAGAACUCAUAGGCUCGCGACAUGCAGAACUUGCUACCAGCGUCUCGACAAUCGACUUGAUGCUUCUCGUUGACGAUGAUGGUUUCCAUAAUGCGCCAAAGAACAAGCCGCCCUCGAUCAGUCCACAAAUGAAGUUCAACUAUCACAAAAUCAUAACCGAGGCCGGGGAUGUACUGAAGAAAGACCUUGGUUACCGGGAUUGUCAAGUCAUAUUCAACAAAAGCUCUUCACUGGUCCUUUUUCACAGAGCCACUGGUCUACCAAUCAGACUUUUUUGCAGAAGCUACGCGCCAAAACUUGAAGAGUUCAUAAGAGCGUCCCUUCCCGAACUACCGUCUUUGAUGCCAUUGUACAUGGUCAUGAGAGUUUUACUGGAAAGCAAGACCCUCUUCGGCUGGGAAGCCCAAUCAUUAAGCUCAAAUGGUCUUUUACUACUCAUCAUGUCGUUUUUGAAACAACAGCCUGGAGAUUUCGCAUCAAAAGGUUUGGGAGAACAACUACUCGCUUUACUUUAUACAUACGGCAAGCAUAUUGAUCUCACCACAACCGGUAUUUCAGCCAGCCCAGCAGAAUUCUUCACGAGAGCCAGCGUUCGCAAUCACAUCAGAUCUUACAUCACAAAAAACGGCGCCAAGGAUCCGCAAUUUCCGGCCUAUCUGAGAGGUCAACGGGCAUUGAUCGCUUACAAGAUCCAUUCAAUGUCCAAAGGCAACGUGGGACUAGCCAAUCAUUUAGCUAUUCAAGACCCGACUAAUUAUCUCGUCGAUGUCGGCCAGAGAUCGUUCAGGACGCCAGAGUUGCAGCUGGCGUUUUCCGGGUGGUAUGAUGCUUUAAAGUUGUCCCUAGAAAGAUGGGAUGAAGGACAUAGAGAUAAUGACAGUAUUUUGGGACAGGUGUUGCAGGCUGAUUUUGGGGAGUUGAUGAGGAGGAAGAGGAUGGUGACGAUGUAG